CAUUAUUUCGCUUAAGAGUCGACAGUCAGUUUUUGGCCAUGCCACAGGGCGAAACAUUCCAUCGCGCUGUUUCACAAGUGCUUUUUAUCUCACAGAUCUAUGCAUUGCUGCCCGUGAGUAAUAUACGGUCACAGCAGUUGCAAAAUAUUCAAUUCAAAUGGCUUAGUCCGCGCGCAUUUUAUUCGGCAAUCAUUUUAAUACUCAACCUAUGCGAAUUCGGUGCCGUUUUGAAUCAUGUCAGGAAGGUGGGCGUCAAUUUUCACACGUCCAGCUCGCUGGCCCUAUAUAUUGUUUGCCUGCUGGAGCAUAUUUUCUUCUGGAGAUUGGCAAUUAACUGGCGCAGCAUCAUGAGCCACUGGCACCGUGUGGAACAGCUUUUUCUAAGCGUACCCUAUCGCUUCUAUGACGAGUAUAAAAUGAAGCGUCGCAUCAACAUUGUUUUCGGUCUGAUCAUGUCAUCGGCCCUAGUUGAGCAUUGUCUGCUGUUGGCCAAUUCUUUCCAUUUGAGCAGUCUGGAGCGCACACAAUGUAAUAUCAAUGUCAGCUACCUGGAAAUCACCUACAAAUGGGAGCGUCCACAUCUCUAUUAUAUACUACCCUAUCAUAUAUGGUUGAUGCCAAUGCUUGAGUGGCUCAAUCAGACUAUUGCCUAUCCGCGCUCCUUCACAGAUUGCUUUCUCAUGUGCAUUGGCAUUGGGCUGGCGGCGCGUUUUCAUCAGUUGCAUCGCCGCAUUGCCGCCGUGCAUAGAAAGGUGAUGCCUGCCAUAUUUUGGACAGAGGUUCGCCAUAAUUAUUUGUCAUUAAAGCGUCUCGUGCGUCUGCUCGAUGGAGCCGUUGCGCCACUCAUGCUUUUGGCCUUUGGAAAUAAUAUGUCAUUCAUAUGCUUUCAGUUGUUCAACAGCUUCAAAAACAUCGGUGUUGAUCUUAUUGUAAUGCUGGCAUAUUGGUACUCGCUAAUAUUUGCUAUAUUACGCACCACCUUAACUAUAUUUGUGGCAUCUUCAAUUCAUGAUUUUGAGCGCAAAAUUAUAACCGCACUACGUGAUGUGCCCGCCAAGGCGUGGACUACAGAGGUGCAACGCUUCAGCGAGCAGCUGGGCAAUGAUAUGACCGCAUUAUCUGGCAAUGGCUUUUUCUAUGUCACUCGUCAACUUGUGUUGUCCAUGGCCACGACAAUAAUCACUUAUGAGCUCAUGAUAUCGGAUGUCAUAAACCAAGCAACAAUCCGGCAAAGAACCGUCUACUGCUAAAUUAAACCCUGGAUCCUGUUUUAUAUUUUAUAUUUAUAUUUGCCAAGAAACCUACUACGAGAUUUGUCUUACUUAACUAUAAAUAGAUCAAGUAAUUUCUGCCAUAAGCCCCAUA